AUGUCCACUGCAUCCAGCUCGGCUGAACAGCCCGCUGCUGGCGCUGCUCUAAUGAAAGGACCCUCUGUAGUCCCUGACCCAGCCUCCCCGCCUGGGGCCCUACCUCCCGCCCUUGCUGAUGGUCCUUUAAGGGUUCAAGUUGGGGGUUGUAUGGAUGCUUUUGAUAAUCUGCUUCAAGAGCUUUCUGAGGAGGUCCAGUACCCGUUCCCUCCACAGCCUCCCGAGCAUUUCUGCGAAUUCCCUGAGGAUUGGUGCGAGUCGGAACCGCAGGUCUCAAGCGAUGUCUUCUCUAAACAGGGAGCCUCCUUGUUGUCAGACACAGGCGAAGUUUUCUUUGAAGAGAGUGCAUCCGUGUUGUCGUAUUCGCCGUCACUAGGGCAGCGAGACGGAGUUGCUUCGCAGGCAUUGAGUGCUGCACCAAACACUUCAGCUGGCAGGCUAAGUAGCUCGUGCAGCAAAGAGGUUGAACGCCCCGCCUUCGUGCAGGACGAUGCCCUGGGAUCCUUUGUUGGAGGAUUGGUGAAGUCUGAUGUUGCUAGGUUUGGUAAUUUUGACUUGAGCCUUCAGCUGCCGUGGGAGACCGAUUUUGCAAAGAGCCUGCUUGACCCAGAUUGUGUUUGGGACCCUUUGAAUGGCUUCAAGCAGGAUUCGCAGAUUCCUCCUUUGUCGACGCUAACUCUUGCAAAUCCAUCCUCCAAGCAGCCUGCCAAGGAGUGUCAUACUGGAGCCAUCUUUGCUUGGGCUGUGUCACUUGGUGCGGCGGCUAGGGAUCCUGCAGCUGAGAGAGAGCGAAAGUUCGACCAAGGGGUGUGCAUGUGGAGCCGAUUGGUCUUGAGAUAUUCAGCAUGCUGCACGCUUUACGACUGUGUUUUAGAUGGCCAAGGCGCAGGUGAGAACACUUAUGCUUUGAUCGAGGCUGCAGUCUCAGCGGCCGUGGGAGUAAAGUCGCCACACACCAUCCACAAGAGAGCGUCCUCAUUUUGGGCGUUCGUUCGGUGGGUGGAUGUCCAUGAUCCUCAGUCUGCCGAGAAGCUGCAUGAGGUACAGGUGUGGAACUUUGUGCAGUUCCUUAAAGCUUCUGAGGCACCCGCAUCAAAAGCCUCGUCUGUGAUCAGCUCCUUCAGGUUUGCGCAUUUUGUGCUGGGGUUCAAAGUCACGAGCAUCAUCGAGUCAAAGCGAAUUUGCGGUGCCGCGGAGCAGCAACUUGUGAAGGUCAGGAAAUUGAGGCAAGCCCUGGAUCUUAGGGUCUCGCAGAUCCUUGAGCUUCAUGCGCGGCUGGAGUCCGGAGCUCUGCAUUGCUUCGACAGGGCUCUCCUUGCGCCCAUUUUGAUCAGGCUGUAUGCCAGGGCACGUCCCAGCGACUUCUUGUUCAUUGAGACAGUUGAGGUUGACUGUCCGGCCGAUUCAGACUACCCUUUGCUAGUCUUUGAAGUCUCUGAGCACAAGGGGGCAAGAAAAGUCCAGCUUAAGAAUAAGCUUCUCCCAAUCUUGGUGCCCAUGAUUGGGGUACAUGGAAAGUGCUGGAUAAACGAGGCCUUGAGCGCCUUCAAGGACGCUGGCAGAGCAUUGCCGGCUGUGCGAGGUCCAUUGACUCUUGCCCCUAGGGAUGCCUCUGGGACUGCCCCCUCUGCGCGGUCUGUCACUUCUGCUGAGGUGGGCCGUGCCUUGCGUGCAUUCUUGGGCGAGCCUGAAGAAAUCAUUGAUGCUUCCGUGCCGAGAGUUACCGCAUACUCUCUUCGUGGCCCUUGCUUAGGUUGGGGAAGUAAGUUUGGUUUUGACGAGGACCUCAAAAGUAUACUCGGCAGGCAUGCUUCAUCGGUCAAGACUACUCAGGCCAUCUACAGCAGAGAGCUUGCAGCUGCCCCAGUGCGGAAAUUGCAGGACUUGAUCAGAGAAAUCGUGGCCGGCCGGUUCAUGCCCGACAGCAGUCGGUCGAGUUACUUCCCAAAGACGCCUAGCGCUAAGGAAGCUGGGAAAGCCAUCGCAUGCUCGGACAGUUCGGCCCCUGGAACAGGUGCGGUCAAGAUCGAAGUGCUUAGUAGCGACGAAUCUGGUUCGGAGCCGGGAGAUUCGCCUGAUAGCGAGUCCUCUGGCUCGACUUCGAGUUCCUCGAGCUCUUCUGUAGAAGCUGCUGCUCAGCCCAUUGUGCGACGGUGGAAGAGAGCCAAAGUGGAGUCUACUGACCAGGUGUGGUACGCUCACACCGGUAGUGGAGUUUUGCAUCUGCUCGCGAGUCCUGAGGAGGCUCCGAUGUUGCUCGCAUGUGGGCGACCGGUGAAUAAGAAUUACCGGGAGGCUACGAGAGAGGAAGUCGGUCUUAGCCGGGAUACGCUCCGUGCUUUUGCAGCUCAUGGAAUCGACACUUUGAGUAAGUUGGCUUACUCGUGCGGCCAACCGGGGGCGCCGUUGCCUCAAUCGGACUUUGAUGACUUCAUUGCUACCGUGAUACCUGCAGCUCUCUUGGGCGAGAAAGGAAGUGUGAAGAGGCUCAUCUUUGAGAGUCAGGCACUACUGCUCACUGAUCUGCGUGAACAAGUUACGCAGCCCGACAAGUGGGCUACCAAAAAUGUGCCGACCGUCGAACGGCAGAAGAGAAUGGAGGCUGUGAAAGCCAGCAUCCCAGGAGUGUUGGUUGAAGGGUCCUUGGAGCCAUCGCAUGGGCUCCUCAAUGCUGCUUGCCGCAUGGAACGUGAAGGCCAGCUGCGCUACAUUGCACCUGAGCAGUGUGGCACAAGAAUGUAUGAAAUCCAGAACGUCAAGGCGCAGAGCAAGGUUCUUUCUUUGGAAGAGGGCAAGCUUGCGAUUUCAGAAGAAAAGGAUUUGCCUGAGGUCACUUGUGGGUCCGCCUUGUUGCUACAAGAGGCUUUGAAAAGGCGGGGGAUCGCCCUUCAGUUUGCGGGUGUGGCUUCCUUCCUCGCUCACGAGAAGUAUGUAUUGAAGCUCUUCGGCCACAUGGGUCGAGUUUGGACAAAGUUGGUCGAGGACGAGGUUGGCCCAAGGCGCAGCCCCGCUGGCACCUACCCCGUGGACGAUGCACUGUUACCCGCGUUGCAAUCGUAUGAUGUCACUGUUGCGCUGCUCCCCAGGGAAUCCUCUAAGGAUGGCAAGAAGCGUUUUGCUCCGACCAAGAAGCAUCAGAAUGAGCGUGAACAGAAGGUUGGCAAAGGUGACGGAGGCAAGGGUUCUGGCAAAGGCAAGGGCAAGCGUCCAACAUGGCAGCCAAGUGUGCCGGAGGCUAUACGCAAACUCGGCGGGAGUGCCCAAACUCCGGACAAGAAGCGCAUUUGUUUCUCCAGGAAUCUGCCUUGUGGUUGCACCCUUGACCCGUGCCCGAAAGGUCUUCAUGUUUGCGCACUGUGCUUCUCCCCCGAUCAUGGCAUCCAGGAGUGUCCACAGCGCAAAAAGUGA